GAUGAGGGGCCAAGUUCAAGAUAAGUUCUCAGAGUUCUACGAGCAAUGGGUGAACCAACAUGAAGUCAAUCUCAAAGAACUCCUCUCAGUACCAAGAGACCCUUCUUCUUCUUCCAAUGAGCAACUCCACCGAGCCCUCGUCUCCAAAGUGGUGAUCCACUAUAAACAAUACUACACUGUCAAAUGGGCUUCUGCCAAGGACGACGUUCUGGGCUUCUUCUCUCCCACCUGGUUCAGUUCUCUCGAAAACGCUUACCAUUGGAUAACCGGUUGGAAACCUUCCAUGCUUUUCCGUCUCAUUACCUCAUUACGUCAGACCCGUGUCCCCGGUGCGAAUCUCGUCGACAUGACCGAGGAACAGCUAGAGAAGAUCCAAGAGCUUCUGAUUCAGAUCAGAAUAGAGGAAGACCGGGUGGACAGAGAGAUGGAAAGGCAGCAAGUGAGCAUCGCCGACAAGCCAAUGGUGGACCUGUCUAGGCUUGCUACUCAAGUCAACAACGGCGAGGUGGUGGGUGAGUUGGACAAGUAUGUGGAUGUGACACUGAGCUCGUUGUUGGCUGGGUUGGAAAACGUGAUGAAGAUGGCCGAUUGCGUGCGAUUGAUGGCCUUGAAAGGUGUAUUGGAAGUGCUCAAUCCUUUGCAGUCUGUGGAUUUCUUGGCGGCUAUUGCGAUGUUGCAGAUUCAACUGAGGGUGGUUGGGAAGAGAAGGGAUCAUGCGAAGAUGAUGACGUUGAACCAGAAGGAUUAAUUCAGAAAGUCGUGUUAUGUUUAAUGU